AUGUCUUCCGUUCUACCAACCAUUCUUCCAUAUCCAAACCCAAAUUUCAUUGUGACUAUCACCAAAGAAGAGUUCAUCCUAUUUCACAGUGUUGAUCGGAAACUUUUCUCUCGUUUGGUUGUAGAGCUUGGUCGUGAUACCUCUCAGUCGAUACAUGUAAUGGCUUUCAUAAUGUGGAUCGAGAGGAAAUCAAAAAAAUGUAAUUUAGUAGAAGAGAUUCUUCAAAGUUGGCCAAAUGUUAUGCUAAGCAACCUUGCUGAUGAGGUUGUUGUCAUCCUGAAUUGCAUCGAAAUUUCUCAUUACCCUAACACUUUUGUAGGCCAAUCAAAUUUGCCAUUGAUUCAACACAUAUUGUGCCGCAAUUUGACACUUGAGUUUUUUCAUAAAAAACGCCUCGAAGUAAUCAAUGAUGUCACCAAGUUAAUCAAUGAUGUGUGUGUUAUAGCUUUUGAGGAUAUUAUUGAACAAGUUCAAUAUACUAUGGCUAUUAAGAUGCAACAACAAAUGUUGUAUUCUUAUCCCAACAAUAUUGGAAUGGUGCCACAACAAAUUCAACCAGAUGUUAGGGAAAUAUUGGCCAAUUUAAAUUUGGAUGAUAUUUAUGCUUGUGAUUCUAGUAUUGUUGCGCCAAAUGAUGAUAAGAGGAAUGAGAUCAAGCAGCCAAUUGAUGAUAGGACCAUUUUCAUGACAUUUUCUAAAGGUUAUCCUAUCUAUGAGAGUGAACUUAGAGAGUUCAUUACCAGAAAAUUCGGAUACAUCAUCGAUAAGCUUAUCAUGCAAAAACCUAAUUCACCAGAGCAGUCGAUGUAUGCACGUCUUGUGGUUCGCCCAGAAGCUAUAGAUGUGAUUGACCAUUUUCUUGAAUAUAAGCCAAUAAUGAAGUUCUCCAUUAAUGGGAAACAUGUUUGGGCUAGAAAAUAUAUUCCCAAGUUGCCACCACCAUUUGAACCUGGGACAUCUCAGUAUUUUCCAUGA